AUGCAUGCUCGGCGCGGAAGAAGAAGCCGCUCUGGCCGGCGCGCUCGCCCGCCUCCAGGAGCUGACUCAGCUGAAGCUCUACUUGAGGUCCAACGAUCAGCUCGGCGCCGAGGGCUGGCGGUCGCUGGAAGCCCUCGGCGGCCGCUGGAAGCCCUCGGCGGCCUCCCGAAGCUGGCGGCGCUGGAGCUUGAUCUCACUGAAUGCAUGCUCGGCGCGGAGGAGGCAGCCGCUCUGGCCGGUGUGCUCGCCCGCCUCCAGAAGCUGACUCGGCUGAAGCUCAAUUUAUGGCAAAACGAUCAGCUCGGUGCCGAGGGCUGGCGGUCGCUGGCAGAAGCCCUCGGCGGCCUCCCGAAGCUGGCGGCGCUGGGGCUUGAUCUCCGUGAGUGCAAGCUCGGUGCAGAGGAGGCGAUUGCCCUGGCCGGCGCCUUGGGCAACUUGGCGGAGCUCCGGGAGCUGAAGCUCAACUUGUUCGACAACCAGAUCGGCCUCCAGGGCUGCCUCGCGCUCGCGGGGGCUCUCCGGCGGCUCCCGGCGCUGGCCAAGCUGUACGCCGACUUCCGACGGUGCGUGGGAGACCAUCGAGCUCUGAGCCGAGGUGAUCGGAGAGGGCGGCCAACCUGA